AAUCGAAUUAGAUGUAUGCAAUCGAAUAGAAAUAAUAGAAUCGGAAACCAAUUACAUUCUAAGUAUAUAAGCGAAAUGUACCAUUAAUAAAUGUACUCACGUUGACGUACAAAUCAGGAAUGUUUCUUCCGGUUCCCAAGAGUACAAAAACAAAACGGAAGCUGAGCUGAAAGAUCUGAGAGGUGUAGUGAUACUGCGCAGAAGAAACUUCGUCUCUGAAUCGGCUGCUAAAUUGGACUGACCUGACUACCACCUGCACCAGUUUCCCUUGAACAGUGUGGAUCCAGCAGCAACGUGUGCACUAGAACUGGGGCUGGUAUCCGGGGAGGGAGCACCAGGGUAUUUCUCCCUCCCUUCAAAGGAUUUAUACAAACAGAAAUUUGGCCUGAGAUUACAAUCCAGGAGCCUCAUACAGAGGAGGAAGGAGGCUAGAAAGUGGUGAUCAGAGUUGAGAUGAAGCUACAGGCUGUGAUGGAGAAUCUGCACCGGCAACAGAGGGCCAAGUUGCUCUUGGAGCAGCAGCAGCAGCAGCAGCAGCAGCAGCAGCAGCAGCAGCAGCAGCAGCAGCAGCAGUCAGUGGCUCCCCAACAGACUGGCCAGCCUCAACCAUUAAGCUCUUCCCACAACAACACUGUGGAACCAGAGGAGGAGGCCAUGGGGAGCCCCGUCACAGAGGCAGAGCAGUCCCAAAUGGCAGCAUUGGCAGCCAUGCGGGCUGUGGCUGAUGGCCUUCAGCGGACCCCUGACAGUCCAAUGUCAGAGCACAGCAGUGUGGGGGAGGAAGAUGAGGUUGAUGAUGAUGAAGGGGAGGGACAGUACAAGGACAUGAUGGGCUCAGACGAAGAGGAGCACAUUAAGCAAAAGUGGGAUGAGGAAGACUUUGAGAGAGAGAUGGAUGAGGAUUAUGAAGAUGAGCUGAGUGAGGAAGGUACACCAAUUGGCCGGGACAGGAUGACCACAGGGAAAGGCAUCCUUUUGUUGCCCCAUCGUCAGCUACAUCCCCACCCCCAGAUGGCAAAGGGCCGACACAGCCUGGACCCAGAGCCCAGAGCAUCCAGCCUUCAGUCUCAUGGUUCUCAUAGUCAGCUGGGUGGCCAGGACCAUGGUGACUGGACCUAUGAGGAGCAGUUCAGACAGCUCUAUGAAUUGGAUGGAGACCCCAACAGAAAAGAAUUUCUGGAUGACCUCUUCAGCUUCAUGCAACAGAGAGGGACCCCAGUGAACAGGAUUCCCAUCAUGGCCAAGCAAGUCCUAGACCUUUAUAUGCUGUACCAGCUGGUGACAGAGAAGGGAGGCCUGGUGGAGGUCAUCAAUAAGAAGCUGUGGAGGGAGAUCACUAAAGGACUCAAUCUGCCUACCUCAAUCACCAGUGCUGCAUUCACCCUCAGGACACAAUACAUGAAGUACUUGUACCCUUAUGAAUGUGAAAAACGGGGCCUCAGCAACCCCACCGAGCUCCAGGCAGCCAUCGACAGCAACAGACGAGAGGGCCGUCGGCAGGGGUUUGGUAGCUCGCUCUUCACUUACUCCCCCAAUGGCACUCCAACCAUGCUGUCCUCACCCAAGCUUACCAUGCCAACCAUGGGUGUGGCAGUGGGGACCAAUGGGGUACCACUAACUCCGAUUCAGAAAAUCAAGAAAGAAGACGAAAGCGGUCAGGCCCAGUCAGCCGGGGGCCGGGUGCCCGGUGCUCUGGUUGGUCACUCUGUAGUGGCAGCUCAGGCUGCAGUAGCCCAGGCAGCAAUGGUGGCCCAGGUGGCAGCCCUGGAGCAACUGAGGGACAAGUUGGAGACGGGCGAGCCUCCUGAGAAGAAAAUGGCCUUGCCAGCCGAGGAGCACCAGCGGCUCCUGCAGAGGGCACUGCAGCACAACCUGCUGUCUAUGACUGCACAGAUGCCCAUGAACAUUCGUAUCAGCAAUCAAGACUGUAGACAAGACUCUGCCCUCAACCUCAGCAACAAUGGUAUGAACAGCAUCAGCAUGUCUGUGGAACUCAACGGUGUCAUCUACACUGGGGUGCUAUUUGCUCAGGCCACAGGGUCAGCCGCAUCAGGACCAUCUGGAUCAUCAGGUCCCAACAACAGCAAAACAUCUGGUGGGCGAGGCGGGUCCCAGCCAGUGCCCAACACACCUACCUCAUCCUCUUCCACCAACCCAUCGCCUUAACAGCCUCUGACCUGUCCCUUUCUAAAGCUAACUAAAGCCAAAAAGCAACCUCAUUUUCUCUUUAGCCUGCACCAAAAAGGACAAAUAGAAAUGAAAAUUCAAAUACACUAUCUCAGGUUUUCUUAGCACCAUUGUUUUGUUGGAACUUUUUGGAGAACUUUUUUUUGUCUAUUCAGCAACCAAAAUGUUUCUGAAGAGCCAGUAUAUA